GGGAGAGGGGAGCCCGCCCGGGGAGCGGGGACACCGCCCGGGGAGCGGGGACAACCCUGACUCGGGGCCCGGGGCAAGCCCGGAUCGGGCCGGGCUCUGACGGACCGAGCACCGGCUCCAUGAACGCAGAGCGGCGCCCGGCGCGGCGGAGUGAUGCGGGGGAGGUGCACCCGGGGUCGGCCAUGAACCGCCCGCUGUCCGCCGCCCACCGGCCGGGCCGUGGGAGCGCGGGGAUGGGCCGGGGCCGGGGCCUGGGCCUGGGCCUGGGCCUGGGCCUCGGCCUGAACUCGCUGUUGCAGCAGCCCCUGAACCGGCAGCAGCUGAAGCGCCUGGAGGAGCACCGGUACCGGAGCGCCGGCUCUUCGCUGCUGGAGCCCGCCAUGCAGGCCUGGUGGGAGUGGCUGGUCGGCCGCCUCCCGCUCUGGGUCGCUCCCAAUCUCAUCACCAUCACCGGCCUGGCGCUCAAUGUCUGCACCACCCUCAUCCUCAUGAUGUACUGCCCGACCGCCACUGAACAGGCACCUCUGUGGGCAUACUUGGCCUGUGCUUUAGGCCUUUUCAUCUACCAGUCUCUUGAUGCUAUAGAUGGGAAGCAGGCGAGAAGAACCAAUAGCAGUAGUCCUCUUGGAGAACUGUUUGACCAUGGCUGUGAUUCACUUUCCACAGUUUUUGUGGUUCUGGGGAUCUGCAUCGCUGUGCAGCUGGGAACAAACCCAGACUGGAUGUUCUUCUGCUGUUUUGCUGGGGUCUUCAUGUUCUACUGUGCACAUUGGCAGACAUACGUCUCCGGGACACUGCGCUUUGGGAUAAUUGAUGUGACUGAAGUGCAAAUCUUCAUAAUUAUCCUGUUUUUAUUGGCUGCGAGUGGAGGAACUGCAUUUUGGGAAUCUAUGAUCCCAGUGCUGGAAAUUCAAGUUAAAAUUGUGCCUGCUCUCCUUGUGGUAGCAGGUGGAAUCUUCUCCUGCACUAACUACUUCACUGUCAUCUUCACUGGCGGCAUUGGCAAGAAUGGCUCCACCAUCGCUGGUACAAGUGUGCUGUCACCAUUCCUACAUAUAGGCGCAGUUAUAAUACUGGCAUUGAUGAUCUACAAGAAAUCUACCAGCCGGCUUUUUGAGAAUAAUCCCUGCCUCUACAUUCUUGCUUUUGGCUUUGUGUCUGCAAAAAUAACCAAUAAAUUAGUGGUGGCUCACAUGACAAAAAGUGAGAUGCAUUUGCAGGACACAGCCUUUGUCGGGCCAGGACUCCUCUUCUUGGACCAGUACUUCAACAGUUUUAUAAAUGAGUACUUGGUGCUCUGGAUUGCGUUGGUCUGGUCUCUCUUUGACUUAAUCCGCUACUCAGUGGGUGUUUGCAAUCAGAUCGCUUCCCACCUUCACAUUAAUAUCUUCAAAAUCAGCCCCUCCUCCUUCCCACCAGCCAACUUACAGGAACAGAAUCAUCACAAGUGACUUAACCAUUGUGCUUGAUAUGAGAGACUGCAGCACAUGAUUGAGGGAAUGUCCAUAGAAAGAUAUGGAAUUGGGAGAAAAAGUGAACAAGUUAUUAACUUAUGAUUCAAUCAUUGUGUGCACUUUUUUAUUUUGUUUUGGCCUCAGUUUCUGAAUUAAGCCUAACACUCCUAAACUUAGACUGUGAUGGGAAGGACUGACUUGCUACAGCAUACAUGUCUCCCUGUAACAUUGGCAGCUCAGCAACAAACAGUAUGUGUGUCUCCUUUGUACGGACUUGAACAAACACAAGAUGCACUGUUGUGUUCAGUCUUUUCUUCAGGCCUUUUGGUCUGAUGAAACCACUGACUGUCCACAGGUCUGUGGACAAUGUUCCUGGUUUGGGAAUGAGUUUAAUUGUUCUCCUGGAACCUAACUAUGUUUUGGAAAAGUCAGACAAGCCAUAUUGCAGGUGAGGCACUGCAGAAAGGGAUUUUGUGCCAAGCUGGAACCUGACAGCAACGAUCAGGUAAUUGGACUACUGUGGAAAUGGGAACUACGAAAACUUGGUUGUCUCAACUUUUACAGCCUAACAGGGUCAUCUUGAAAUUUAAAGGAUGCGAAUGAGGUGCAGAAAUCUGUGAUGCCCGAGGAUUGAAAAGAUUUUGCAAUGCAUUAUUUAUAAUGUGCGUCCCAAAUUCACCAAUAACGCUGUCUUUGAGAUGCUGCUGUUAACUGCUCCAACUGGACAGGGGUGAGUGAUUGAAAGGAAGGGCCUAAUUUUGGGCUGAACUGGCACUUUAAGGAGCAGAACCUUUGUAACAUGUUUACUUUUUCCACUGUGCUUUAUUGCUAUGUUUUUUCACAAUCUUUGUGUGUCAAUUUUCAUAAAAAUAAUGCUUUCAGUUUCAAAACUGGUUAACUGGAUGAUCCAGUAAUCCUGUAACCUUCCACCCUGCCCUGAAUAGAUAUGUUGCUCUAAAGGUCUGCCUACAUGUUGAUAACUAGUGAUCAGAGCCCAAAGUACAUUUCUGCUUUGAAAUUCCAUCAAAGGAAUUAAUUCAUUACAUUCACAGAGGAGCCUGCACUGAGCAGUCUUAACUUUUGAGGAAUUCUUCAAUAAAUCAAAUAUUCUCAUUCCUUGAAAGUAAGCGUAACAUUUUAACCCCUGCAAACAGUUUUUGUGGUUGUAUUGUUUUGUUUUUAUUGUGGCUAAAUAUCACUGAAACUUGGACAAUAACAAGCUGCCAGUGGACACUGAGCAGACACUUAAAAUAACCUGGUCCUCUUCAACUGCUUAUCCUAAGUCCUGUAGAAUUAUUCUUCUUGUCAGUGAGCUUAAAUGAAGGAUAUUUACCGUGUGAGAUAAGUUAGUGCUUUUUGAAAAAAGUGACCCUCCAUGAUGUGAAGGUUUGUGGCAAGGAAGAUUUUAUCUAUCUCAAUAUAAAAAUGAGCUUGUCAGUCUUUACCUCACAGGUGGGUAUAUUAAGGCCUCAGUGCCUGACUAUCAAUUUGAAGGUAGCUCUGCAGAUCCCAGUGCUGUGCCUCUGACACAUGCUAGAAUGGUAUGAGGAUAAGUGAUGACAAGCUAAAGCCUGCAGUGAGAUUCCAGGGCAAUACCCAGGCUUUCCAGCCAAUGAGAGGAAAACGUAGCAGCUGAAAGGCUUCAAAUAUUUAAUCAGUGAAAGCUUCAACAUUGUUUCUCACCUUCAUUACACAGACAACAAUGUGCAGCUCCUACAACCUGGCAUGAGUAACUUGGUGUUUGCUUACUUCCAGAGUACUUCACACUUGUUUCGCUAAUGAAGUGUGAUGGGUUCUUAUGUCAGUUGUCUGGACCUGCUGUUGUAUAAGAGGACAUUGCCACCCGUGCUUCAGUGCACAGCUAACGUUUUUUUUUCAUCAGCAUUGGUGGUGGAGUUUGCAGGUUUUAGUGUGUGAGCACUUUAGAAGAAACUGUGGGUUUGCCUAUGUCAGCACAGAUCGUUGCCUGUCGGCCACAGUAUAGACGAAAGGUGCAAUAAAGUUAACUUGUUUCUGCACAUGCCUAUGCUCAGUAAGAGCUUUGCCAUAUACCUGCUCUUGUGCUGAUGAAUCAGACCAGGAAAACUGGCAAGAGGUAGAAGCAAAAUUACAUUGCAUCUCUGAUCUAAACUUGCCAAGCUUUUGAUAUCAGUGAGUUUUGGUUGAACUAGAAAAUUAUGUAAACUCUUCAUAACUACCACACAGUAACUGGAGAACACAAGUUUGUUCUUCCUGAAUCCCCUGUGGACAUUGAUCCACACGAGUUUGAUUUUUCCAGUAAGUACCUUCUGAGUUUAAACUAGAUGGCUAUAUUUUCUCAUGAAAUAAUUUUGAUAAAUGUGCAUUUGCAAAGCAUAUACUUUUUUGCUUUUUGAGCUUUUGUUUGAGCAUUUACUGCUCCCAGUAUUGUGAAUCAUACAGGGCUGUGGCUGAUUGAUAGUAUAUGGUGUUGCAUUAACCUGUGACUCUGAAGUUAAAUGACUUGAGUUAUCUUAGACAUUUAAGAUUUUCUGUUAUUAUGUGAAUUAACAUCUUAAUACAGUCUAGAUGCUGGGCACACAGCCAGUUCGUGUCAGUGUAAAGGUCCAAACUUGGCAAGAAACUAACAUGAGUACCAUUUACAAUGGGUUGUCUUGAAAUAACAUUGAGCAGUUGCCAAGUAAGUAUUAUGGUUGGAUUUCUGUCAGUAUUUUGUAAACCCUGUGUGCAAUGUGCCUGUGUCCUGAAUUGUGUUCACAUAUAUAGAUGGGGAUACAAGGGAGACAAAUCUCUCUAAAUGUGAUAGGGUUCACUUUAAUUAGUUGUUAGUAGUGAAACUGCACUCCUGACAUCACAAACCCAGCCACAGCCUUGUGUCUCACCAUAUUUAAUGUCAGAUAAGAGUCAUAAAAUUAACCAAAGCAUUUCUCUUUCCCUUGCUCUCUUUCUUGGGCUUAACUGUUCAUGCAUAAAGUAUUGUAAUUCAAAGAAUCUGAGCUCUUAUGCAACAGGAAUGAUUUAAUGAAAUGUUGUGUGACCGGUCCUGCAAUACACCAGUUCGUUCACUUGGAGCAACUGAAUAUAAUGGAAAAUUAAUUUGUUUUUGCAGAAAUCUUGUUUGUUUUGUGAACAGAUGGUUCUCAUCUAAUUUUGCCUUUUAGUGUAACUCUUGAUUUUACUCCAUGCUUAACUGUAAUUUUCUGUUCUUUCUAAAUAAAAGUAAAUGCCAAGUGCUGGUGUAAAUAAAAAUUGUUCUAUUCAUGUUAAA